AUGCUGAUUGGUAUGGUGCGAAAAUUUGAUCCUAACCGGCUCACGAUAUGCAAGCAAAUGGGAUCUAGGCUCUCGUACUCGACGAUAAAAUAUGCGGCCCUGCUAAUGUUCGGAUUGAGCUAUAAUACGGAGCAUAAAAUACAUAAUAUAGAUUUGAUCAGACUUACACAAUAUGAGCGUUUGAAAUGUGACGUUGGAGAUUGCUAUCCUUUGGAGCACAGUUUGUUACCGAUUCAGAAGCUUUCUGACUAUGUGAAAAAUGUGGUGGAUAAGACUCCUAUUUUAGUGGAUGACAUUCCUCACAGUGAGUUGGGAACUGCAUUUGAGAAGUUACGUAGCCUGGCAGUGAGUGCUUCGGGGACAGGGUCUGAAGGUCCGCAUGACAUUUGGUUUACUUACAAUACAAACUUGUUUUAUUUGAAUGCGAUUGUACAGCAAACGAUGAAAGGUGAAUUGAGUCGUAAGAAUUUAUCUCUUGUAUGGCGUGUCCCUGGUUGUCAGGAUCCGACCACGCAUUGGAUCGCUAUGUUCUCAUCGGGGUUCGCGUUUCCCGUAGAUCUGCCCGCUACUACACUUGAUUAUCUCGACGAAAAAGGUGACCUGACCUGCAACCUUCAAGACUUGGCGGACGGUGGCCCGCGAGAGACCUUCGUGGUCCAUUGCAGACAACAGGAACUUAACUGGGAAUCGAACCAGCGACUGAAGGAAUUGUUCCGGAUGAAAAAUGGCUGGACCAAACUCGAACUGUACGCCUGGCUCAGCCGCUGCAUGCUAAGCUCCAACUCGCCAUCAAUCGACGAGCUCAUCUCCAGAUACCUCCGUGCCGUACCGGGCACACCCAACGCCCACGAAAAUCUCAUGCUGCAUGUAGAGAAGUUCGACCCUCUCUAA